GUCCAAUAGCGACCAAUUAGUCCAACGAAGAAAAGUAAUAGUGUGUUUUCUGCAGCAAUCCUGCAUUAAAACGUCCCUGUGUUAUCUCCAGCAUGGGUUUGGAAGCCUGGUUCAUGGACAGCUCUGAUGAGGACCAGAGAAAGCCUCACAAACUGAACCCGGACCAGCCCGUCUCUCUGGAACAACUACAGAAGCUCGGGGUGUUUUACUGGAAGCUGAAUGCUGACAUCUACGAAACAGACCCGGAGCUAGAGAAUAUCCGUAAAGACCAGGGCUAUUCCUAUAUGGACAUUAUCUCCAUUCAUAAAGACAAACUACCUAACUACGAGGAAAAGCUGAAGAUGUUCUUUGAGGAGCACCUGCACCUGGAUGAUGAGAUCCGCUACAUCCUGGAUGGCCAGGCGUACUUUGACGUCAGGGACAAGGAGGAGCGGUGGAUCCGGAUCGCCAUGAGAAAAGGAGACCUGAUCACCCUGCCGGCGGGCAUCUACCACCGCUUCACCCUGGAUGAGACGAACUACACCAAAGCCAUGAGGCUGUUUGUGGGAGAGCCCGUGUGGAAAGCGUAUAACCGUCCUGCUGAUGACUUUGACAUCCGCAAGAAGUAUGUGUCAUCUCUGUAGGGAUCCUGAGAGGGGACAGUGCCGUUCAACGAAAUGUGGAUCCAAUAUGACCACUGCUGCCACCAGAAUCAGGGCCUGUAAUUUGAUUCUGUAGAGUUUACAGUUAGAAUGUUAAGAAACAUACUGUGGAUGAUUUAAGAUCUCUUGUAGCAAAAUCAUGCACUAAAAUGAUUUUUCUAGUUGAGAAUUACUUUAUGGGAGGUGGAUUUUCUCUUUCUAGUUAAUCCUUCUAAUAUUCUACUAGUAAGGUUACGAUUCCUGCAGAUGAAAUGCAUAUACACUACCCAACUCCAUAAAGGAUGCACCAACAGGCACCUCCAUAUUUCUCUAUUUACAUUUUGGUUUACAUGUCUAAAUCUAGAUUUAGUUCUUAACGAGCUAAAAAGUUAUACAUUAGCUAAACUGUGAUUAAAGCUUAUCAUAGUUUAAAUUGAUUGUCAGCGCAACCACAAAGUACAGAGGAUUAGCAUAGGUAACCAGCUACAUUCAAAUGGAAUGAUAAUGCAUCAACUGACAAUAACUCAUUUAACUUUUAUGUAACAAAGGGGCCAUACUUCACUUAUUAAGGGUGAAAUACUUGUUUCAGCACAGGACAAUCUCUAGUGCCUUGUAUCUCAAGGCAGCAUAUUGAAAUAUACCACUGAUCUGUAUUAUUGACAGAUUUUAUAUUCAAAUCUCUGAAUCAGAAUUUAGAGAUGUCUUUUUAAGUUCUCUGUGCGAAUGGGAUUGUUUCUGACAGAUUUACAUACAUUUUUGCUGUAUGGAUAAUAAAGCUGCUGCUAUUCUCA